CGGUGUCGGAGCGCGGCGGAGUCAGUCGACCCUCGCUCGCCGAGGAGCACAGACGUCCUUUUGUAUAUAUUAUAACUAUAAUUAUAUAUAUUUUUAUUAGAAUGGGAGACAUCGUUUAAGUAGGCCGUCUCUCAUCCCCCGCCAUGGGUUGGUCCUCCGACGGGCUCAGGGCCCGGGUGGCGGCGUGUCGGGAGUCCAGGAAGCUGGUGCUGAUCAUCGUAGCGAUCGCUCUGCUGCUCGACAACAUGCUGCUCACCACCGUCGUUCCCAUCAUCCCCGAGUUCUUGUACGACAUCCGUCACCCCGACGCGCCUCUGUCCGUGUCUCUGGAGGACCUCACGACUACCCCCGCGCCCUACUGUCCCUGUCUCAACAACACACCCUCUGAGGAAGGCGUCCAUGUUCAUAUGAACCUGACGGCUGAGCGCGAGGAGCGUCACCGGGAGCUGAUCCACGAGACGGUGGCCGUGGGGGUGUUGUUCGCCAGCAAGGCCAUCGUCCAACUCCUCGCCAACCCGUUCGUGGGACCUCUCACACACAGAAUUGGUUACAGCAUCCCGAUGUUCAGUGGCUUCGUCCUGAUGUUCCUGUCAACUCUUAUUUUCGCGUUCGGUCGGUCGUACUCGGUGCUGUUCGUGGCCCGCGCGCUCCAGGGUGUGGGGUCGUCGUGCUCCUCCGUCAGCGGCAUGGGGAUGUUGGCGGAGAGAUAUCCGGAUGAUAAGGAAAGAGGGAACGCGAUGGGCAUCGCCCUGGGAGGACUCGCGCUGGGAGUGCUUAUAGGGCCACCGUUCGGAGGACUCAUGUAUGAGUUCGUUGGAAAAACUGCGCCUUUCCUGAUGCUGUCCGCCCUGGCCCUGGGCGACGGAUUGCUGCAGCUGAUGAUCCUACAGCCGGGAGUGGUUCGUCAGGAGAGCGACCCGCCUUCUCUGAAGGCACUCGUCACGGAUCCUUACAUCUUAGUCGCCGCUGGUGCUAUCACAUUCGCCAACGUGGGUAUCGCGAUGUUGGAGCCGAGUCUUCCUAUCUGGAUGGCGGACACGAUGCAGGCGCGGCGCUGGCAGCAGGGGGUCGCCUUCCUGCCGGCUAGCAUCUGCUACCUCAUCGGUACAAACUUAUUUGGUCCCCUCGGUCACAAGAUGGGUCGCUGGCUCGCGGCCUGCUCCGGGCUCAUCAUCAUCGGCAUCUGUUUGAUCCUGAUUCCAAUGGCCCGUAAGCUGGAGCACCUCAUCAUCCCUAACGCGGGCCUGGGGUUCGCUAUCGGCAUGGUGGACUCCUCCAUGAUGCCGGAGCUGGGCUUCCUGGUGGACAUCCGCCACGCCGCCGUGUACGGCUCCGUGUACGCCAUCGGAGAUACAGCCUUCUGUCUCGGAUACGCCGUCGGCCCCGCGUUCUCCGGCGCGCUUGUGAACAGCAUCGGCUUCGAGUGGAUGCUGGUGAUCAUCGCUCUACUGAACUUCUGCUACGCGCCGUGUCUGCUGAUGCUGCGCGCUCCGCCCGCCAGGGACGAGCAGCAGAGUUUGAUCAUCAGCGAGAAGUCAUCAGUCCGUUACGUGAGCUACCAGAACGAGGAGGAAGAAUAGAGAAGAUGAAAGAAGAUAAACGAAGAAUAGGAGAUAUCCAGCAUCCGAGACCCGCCCGACUCUUUAUAGAUAAGAAAUAUAACGCUUAAUAUUUAAAAAAAUCAAAAAAUCAAAAAAAAAAUCCAAAAAUAUAUAUAUACAUACUCAUAGUGAGGUCGAGAGCAUAUUUACUAAACAUAUAUAAUACAUAACGUUUCCAUAUACUGUAGCGACGUCCCUGUAGCGGACUUAUACUAAGGUAGUUAUAACGACCAAUUUAUCAUGAACCGCCGCUCGGUGACCGCUCUAUCAGAGCGGAGGUCAGCGGGGCUUUCGUGUGGAAAUACUCAUUUUUUUUAUAUACAUUUGUUUGAAAGCGACCGACAACACGGUGUCCGUUGUUUGAUUUCGACAAUAAAGUAUCUUUUUCGUAUUUUACAAACUAUUUUUUAUAUUAACUGACAACGACUCUAUAUUAACGUUGUCUUGUUUACUGUCGAGACGCCUCUCGCGUCGCGUCCACUGAAGCCUCGUCGAAUAUGAACGACGGAGCGCCCAGCGGCCGGAGCUCUGAGAUCUCUUAAGACGAGUUUACUCCGUUUAAUAAUAUAUUUACUAAUCACGUAGACGAGGUAUACUCAAAUAGUUUAAGUGAAAGAUCAACAUACACUGGACAGCUGAAGUCGCUCGCCUCGGUCGUCGACGCUCGGUCAACUCUUAGCUGACUUUCAAUGGUUUGGACACACUAUGAUACGUGCAGUACAUCUGAUACUAGUGACGCUCGUCACACAGACGGUCGCCGCCCACCUCACAGCAUCCUCGAGGCGCCUCCAGCCGGACACGUAUGGCUGCGUGCCCGGUCCCGGGAGCCGCUCGGCGCCGGCGUGUGUUGGUCUUUGUCUCGUAUAUUCUUAUACUAAUCUUUAGCUCACUCGCUCUACACUCUAUAGAUAUAUUGAACGAGUGUUUCGUGUAGAUCUCAUCGUGUUAAUAUAAAUAUACGCUUACUAUAUUCUAUCAGAUAAAUAUUCAUAUUCGUAGAUUACUAAGGAGAAAAUAUAAUCACGGCUACUUCCAACUAGGAAUAAGGUGUAGAGAGCGCCGGCCCUGAGGACGUGCACGUUCUCCACGAUCAUUCAUAUUCGAUGAGUUCUGAGUCAGUAGCUGGGAUUGGGUCCUGAGACUUGUUUGUGUAGUGUAAGGUCUACUCAAAGUGUAUGAUAGUAAUAAAUAAAUUAUUUAUAGUCUAAGAGCCUCGCUCGCGAUCGCUUCUCCUUUAUAUAUACGUUAAUAUAAUCCUUCGUUAGUUCUGUGAGCUCAUCGGUUGCUCUGAACCGUCUGUGAGUUGUGUUGUUUUAAUAAAACGUGGGUAUAUGAACUA